UAGAUGCUGGGCCUGCAGACGUACGGCAGCUCCUCGGAGGGCGAAUCGGACCAUGAGGACGCCGCCAAAUCACCUCCUGCGCCCGUUCCCGCUCAUUUGCUGCCAGUGGACAAGACGCACUCGAUUUCAACGGCAAUAGCGGUGUGUGCUGCUCCCACUGUGGUGCCCAUCGGGGCUUCGGCGGUGCCGCGGACCUUGGAUCCGACGCUGAAGGAGGUGUUGUACAAUCCCCGCUACGAGGAAAUGUACACGCCAGUAAAAGGACCCGAGCACCCGGACAUGACCAUGCAGCAGCGGGCGCCGCGAAACACACUGGCAGGAUAUGUGGAGAAGGCGCACAUCAACGCUUUUGAGUUCGAGAACCAACGACGCACCUUUCAUACCUACGGCUAUGCCCUGGAUCCCAGUGUGGACGAGAUGGCCGAUGGGCAGUCAUAUGUGGGAGAUCUGCAGUCCGCCUACGAUGACAACGGCAAAACAGUUUUCGAAGCGCCCAAGGCGAAAAAGCUGCGUAAGCAGGAGAAAAACGACAAUCCCGAGGACAUCGAGGGCUUUCUAGGACCAUGGGGCAAGUUUGAGAACGAGGUUUCGGUGGCCAAGCCCAACGAUCAGGAGCGAGCGGAACUGGACGAGCUGUUAUCCAAGCGGCAUAAACGAGGACGCAUUCCCGAGGACAAGCCUCUCGAGGAGAAGUCCACAUUGCACAUCAAGGAUGCCUACGACUACCAGGGCCGCUCAUACCUCCACGCUCCGCACGAUCUGGGCGUAAAUUUGCGUUCCAAUGCACCGCCACCAAAAUGCUUCCUGCCCAAGGCUCACAUACAUACCUGGACGGGCCACAACAAGGGCAUCUCCUCCAUUCGCUGGUUCCCCAAAACCGCUCAUCUGCUCCUCUCCGGCUCCAUGGACUGCCGUGUCAAGCUGUGGGAAGUGUAUGGGGAGCGACGUUGCAUUCGCACCUUCUCUGGACAUAGACAGGCCAUCAAGGACAUUGCGUGGAACAACAGGGGUACAAACUUCUUGUCUGCCUCCUACGAUCGCUACAUAAAGCUUUGGGAUGCGGAAACGGGCGAUGUGGUAUCGCGAUUCACCACCCGCAAGAUGCCUUUCUGUGUAAAGUUCCAUCCCGACAACAGCAAGCAGCACUUGUUCGUGGCCGGCACGUCCGACAAGAAGAUUAUUUGCUGGGACACUCGCAGCGGUGAUAUUGUUCAGGAGUACGACCGUCACUUGGGGUCAGUUAGCACAAUCACUUUUGUGGAUGACAACCGUCGGUUUGUAACCACUUCGGACGACAAAUCAAUGCGCAUCUGGGAAUGGGACAUACCCGUGGACAUGAAGUACAUCGCUGAUCCGACCAUGCAUUCCAUGCCGGCCGUCACCCUGGCACCCAAUGGCAAAUGGAUGGCCUGUCAGUCUCUGGACAACAAGAUUGUCAUAUUUUCUGCCCUCAACCGCUUUAAGAUGAAUCGAAAGAAGACCUUCACCGGCCAUAUGGUCUCCGGCUAUGCCUGCCAGCUGGACUUCUCGCCUGACAUGAGUUACCUGGUGUCAGGCGAUGGCGACGGUAAGUGCUACAUUUGGGACUGGAAGACGACGAAGAUGUACAAGAAGUGGCAGGCGCAUGACGGCGUCUGUAUCAGCGCCCUCUGGCAUCCGCACGAGGCCAGCAAGGUGGCUACCGCUGGCUGGGAUGGCCAGAUCAAAUACUGGGACUAAAUCCUAGUCUCAAACUAAACUCAAAAUGUAUAGUUGUAAGCCAAAACGGACGUGUAAAUUGAUUGAUUAUAUUACAUACCU